CAAUGUGGAUCCAAUUGCUCUCAAGCAAAUUAUUCCCGGCAGAAACCGAAUUAUGAUAUUUGUUUAAAACGUAAUAUAAAACCCUCUCUCCCUCCCUCUCUCACGACUCCAAAGCAAAAGGCUCCAAGAAUCUCUCUCACUUCUCAUCUCCCGCCGUGUCACCGUCGCUGCAUCAUCAACUCCGGCCACCGACUAGUCUCCAGGUUGGUGGAAGAUGGGAAGAGUGUUCGUGAUAGAACUCGAGGGACCCGUCUACACAUGCACAAAGUGCCACACACAUCUCGGGCUUCCCAAUGAUAUCAUCGCUAAGAAUGGUCGUCACGAAUAUAACUUCACUAGACUCUUCAAUACAUUUCUGGUUGAAUCAACUUCCAAUUCCGCUUUCCCAGAUAUCUGUUGCGUCGGUUGUUCCAAAAACAUGGGCAUUUAUAGCGUAAGUGAUCCAAAUAGUUACUGGGUUAUGAGGGGCGAGCUCCAUGGACCGGAAGGAAGCGAUGAUGAGGUUUAGGAGUUGGUAUAUGAUUAAGAAAAAGAAGACAAUGUGGAGUAGAAGUCUAUGUUCUUGAUUUUCAUAUUGCUUUGUAUAGUGUGUGAAUGGUGAAUAGUCUCAAGAACAAAUCGCAUAUUCUUUCUUUUGGGAUUUUGAUGACAUUUAAAAGUUCUUACUUUUGCACUUCUUCUAUAUGUACAAUGAAAUUAGCUAUCACUAAUGGCAUGUGAACUGAAUCA